GUUUUUGUUUCGAAUCCGUUGAAGAUAGUCGCAGUAGUUAAGUUAGCUGGUCUGAUUAAAGUUUUAUAGAAGCUAGUAAUGUGAAAUUGUGUGAAUAAUAAUUAUUAACUUGUUAUAAAAGAGUGUUUUAAGCUGAAUUUAUGUCCAAGGAAACAAAUAUCGUUUCCUGUCUCGGUACAGAGCGACGUCACUUAUAAAUUUGAAUAACAAACAUUAAUAACAAACCAUGAGUCAUACUAGCUUACAAUUCAUCGAUCACAAUCAUAAUGGAACGAUUCAUGGCACAAUCAAUCGCUGAGAAAUAAGAACAACAAACUAUAAUAUGGAGUGAAAAGCCAUUAGUGUUAAUAAAAGUACGAGUAUCUGGAAUUCUGGAUGAUGCAACUACUGUUCUGUUGUUACUCUUCAAUGUUUUGAAUGAUUGGGAGUGCUGUCUGUGUUGAGGUUAUGAUCCUUAAACAAGUGUGACGUCACAAAUUGAUGGUGUCGAAAAAUCAUACGAUACUGGUUUCUGCGCUCUGAUUGGUCAGCGUCGAAUCUGACGGUGUGUUAUUUGCCCGCCUUCACCGUGCCACCACCCACCGUGCCGGCCAACGAUUGGCUAGCUGUGGCUGUGACGUGAAGAAAAAGUGCUGGCUGACGAGCAGGAGUGAUUCCUCAAUUCGUGAAAAAGAUUUUUGGUCCAGUAAAUGUAGCAUUUUUUGCUAAAAAUUAUUUUCAAAGUUUGCAAUUGGUGUACGACCCUAGGUUACGGGUGUUCAAAACGAAAGUAAACAAUGGACGGAAGCGCAGGAGGCUGGGAUAGUUUCCAGCCUUCGGAUGCCAUUGGGAUGGACAUUGGCGAUAGUGUCCUUAAAACUGACGAUCUCGACAUCAAGGAUAUUGCUGAUAUGUAUCAACUCAAUGAGGAAAAACUGAUGAACCUCAUGGGUGAAGAUUUCCUCAGUCAGUACAGCUGGGAAGAGAAUGUGAUUGAAUCAAUUUCGUCGCCAAAUUCCACCUCUUCGCAGUUGCUUAGCUCACUCAGUGAUUCAUCUGGACCAUCAUCGGCCCUGGACAUUAAACAGGAGGAAGUCAAACUACUGCAAAGUAACGCACUCAACUCGACGAGUUUGCUUGCAGGGCAACCACAUCAGCAGUCGCAACAACAACAACAGUUUUACAGCAAUCUCGUUUCCAGUGAUCCCAUGAUUUCGGUUGCCAACAUAGCUCAAACGGUGCAAAAGGUUUCCACUCAGCCCCAACAGCCGAUUAUUAAACAGGAACCGAUACUCAUUCACCAACAACAAGCGGUUAACACCACAACCGCCGCCCCAAUCAUACUUACGCAAAACCGAACAAAUAUCGCUUCGAAUGGAUCAACUAUACUGGUGCAGAAUGCCCGAGCUCCGACCGGCUAUUCCUACAUUAAAACAAUUGCUCCGGCCGUUUCAACCACAACGGUAACACCCAGUGUACCGCAAACGAUACUUCCAGCAGGGGUGCGCGUACAAAAUCUGCUUACGACAACUAAAGCCACGACCACCACUAUUCCUGCGCAGACAACCACGGCAACCACAGUGCCGGUUAUGCAACAAGUCUUCACCUUCCAAAGUGGUGAUAAACAAGUAUUGUUGCAGGCAAACCCAGUCAUGACCACCAGCACCCAGAACAUUCACACCUUGGUGAACACUCCGAAUGGGCCAAUUUUAACAACGGGAAUACCCUUGGUCCUGGAAUCGUCAGAGAAUGCCGGUAAAUUGCAAAUCAACCGUUUGCCACAACAAUCUCAGUCGGCUCAACCGAUCGCUCAGCCCAAGGUAAAGGAAGUAAAACGAUCAGCUCACAACGCAAUCGAGAGAAGAUAUCGAACCUCCAUCAAUAGCUGUAUUGUUGAGUUGAAAAACAUCGUCGUUGGUGUAGACGCCAAGCUGAACAAAUCGGCCAUUCUGCGAAAGGCAAUUGACCACAUCAGACAUUUGCAGAAGCAAAACAAUAGUCUGAAACAGGAGAACAUGUUCCUAAAGAUGAAGAUGACUGAUCGAAAUUCGCUGAAAGAUUUGCUUGCCGCUAACGUAGUAAAUCAGGAUCAGGACCAAAUAACAACGGUGAUGUCGGGACCGAUAACUCCACCAAGGAGUGAUGAUUCAAAUCCAUCUCUUUCGCCGUCGCACAACUCGGAUCAUUCGAUGCCACCUUCACCAUUUGGAACCUCGUCAUCUGCAGCCAGUGGUCACGGUAUGGAGGAAACGCUUAACGAAGAUGAUCUGAUGUCCGGGGUUCGAGGAAUGUCUGCCCACUCACGGUUGACGCUGUGUAUGUUUAUGUUGGCCGUUUUAGUUGUCAAUCCCUUCGGAAGCUUCUUGUCGCAACUGGGCGAGGCCAAUGAUGAACUGGAUGAUGCUGGUACCAGUCGCCGGAUUUUGGCCGUAGAUGAACCAUUUUUCUCCUGGACCAGUCUUUCUUCAUCGAUGCUCAUUUUUGCUAUCAACUUUGCACUGUUGGCAUUCGGUUUGAUAAAAAUGCUCGUUUAUGGCGAUCCAAUUCUACCAGCACGAUCCAAAGCAUCAACCGAGUACUGGAAACACAAAAAGCAAUCAGACGCUGACUUCGAACGAGGUAAUGUCGCGGGUUCUCUGCAGGAAGCCAAACGUUGUUUGACAUCUUUCGGAAUAAACAUUCCCAACAGUCGUUUGGAAACGGUCACAACCACUUGCUGGCAGUUUGUUCGAAUGUUUUUGCACCGAAUUUACAUAGGGCGCUGGCUUUCCCGUCGAACCGGUGGCCUUUUCAAACCUGAAGCUCAAAGGAUGGAUGCAUUGAAUUCGGCAAAGGAACUGGCCCUUCUGUUCCAUCGUCUGAAUCAAAUGUAUCUGGUUUCAAAUCAACCGGAAGCUAACGGUUUGAUGAUGUCCCUGUAUGCUGUCAAUAUGGCGGAGGCAGCUUCAACCGUCAUCUCCCCAGAAGACACUAUUGAAAUUUACAUCACAGCGGCCCUUCGGGUGAAGAAAAGCUAUCCCAAAUUUAUGCACUACUUUUGUCGCUAUUAUCUCUCGAAGGCCAAACAAGUUUACGGCCAAUGUGACCAAGGCAAUUCGAACAAAUUCGGGUGGGCCUUUACAUCGUACGGUUAUCGAUUCUUGACGAAUCAUGCCGUACAGUUCCACAAUCAACCAGAAGAAACCAUGUUCACGAUGCUUGCCAACAAGGCCGAUCCAUUGGAAUACAUGAUGCGAGAUUACCGCGAAAACCUCCUUCAAAAGUCUAUCCAAUGCUUAACCGGUUCUGGUCAGAUCAGCAGAAAACACGCCAACGCUGCCUUCAACCAACAAUCACAAGCUACGAAUGCUCCAGAAACAAACGUCAACAGUAAAAGCGAUUCGGCCAAAGAUGAUCAAUCAGAUAGUGGCAAAGCAUCGAUGCCGAUCAGCAGCUAUCCGUACUCUGGCUGUCAGAUCAGCAACGUGCUCCAUUUUACAGCCCUCCUGAAAGAUUGCCUUAGUCUAGAAAAUCGCACAGGUAUUGUGACGUUCGAUUCAUGCGUUCUGCGGGGCAAUUGCUGUCAGGAUCGUUUAGCCCACUGGUGGUCAAGUUUGCUAAGUAUCGCUGCCUGUUGGUUGCUCGGAGAAGAUCAGGAAGCCGAGCGACUUUAUUCGCACAUCGAGAAUCUUCCUCCAGAACUGGCUAACGGAAGUGAAACGCUACCUAAGGCACUGUUUUCUGCUUUCCAUGCCAAACGAGCGUUAUUGAACAAACCACAGUAUGAUUCGGUUGCGGUUUUCCAAAGCUGCAAUACUGGCAGCCAAUUCCUGGAGGAUAGUUUGACCACUAAUCUAUGCAAGUCACCGCAGCGAUUGAAAAUGCUUGCCCAAUUGCUGGCAUGCGAUUGGCUCUUGGAAGCCCGUACCGCUCUUUGGGAGUCGGACAACGAAAAGUUCCAAAGUGUACGUGGUGAAUACGUCCCAGUUUCGGGAGCAGUGCUGGCCAAAUUCCAAAAGGACCUCAAUUCGUUGAGACUCGUUGUCAACGAGAUUCCGUCCGCCCAGUCCCGAUUGUUCUUGUACGAAGCCGUUUGUAGGCUGAUGGCCGGUGCUGCACCGGGGCCUACCCAGCAGCUACUGGGACACAGCCUGAGGCAGCGUUACUCCCGCGCUUCGAUUAUCUGUAGCGGCAAGGAUCGUAACGGUCAAUUAGAAGGUGGGCGGGAAAGGGCCGCUGCCUUGUACGUAGCUUGCAAGCAUUUGCCAGCACCGUGUCUCUCCACACCCGGAGAAAGAGCCAGCAUGCUGCGGGAAGCCGCCAAAACGCUUGAAAAAAUCGGCGACAAAAAACGCCUCCAAGAGUGCUAUCAACUUAUGCGAUCGUUGAGUAAUGGAACCGUUACGAAUUAGUUUUUUUUUGUUUGACUUUUACUAAAAACUAUUCAUAAAUAUUUAUUAACUGCAGCUUUUAUGAUAAAAACAAAUAAAUAAGAAAAAUUAUUGUUUUCAUAAAAUAAGGUAUAAUUUUAAGACAUACCUUUUAGUUCUGCAACAAACUUUCAUUUGAAGCCUUGUACAUACUAUACAGCAGAACUGCUAUAUAAGUUAAUUAAGCUUGAUCAAAUAAAUGUUGUAAUAAGGUAACUCAGAAUAAAUAUUAUUAAAGUUA